AUGGCACCCAAACGUGGGGCCACAGCGGCGGCCGCUCCUGGCCGGCCAUCCAAAAAGUCAAAUCCAUCAACCGGCAGCCAAAAUAACCGCAAUGACGCGCCAGCUCCGACAAUCCCUCGGAGCAAACGUUGGACUCCACUCAUCUCGUGCUCCGCGAAUGUGGACAUGGAGUACAAGAUAGCUACCCAAGACCCUGAGACAGCCUACCGGCAUGGAGCCUAUGGCGUCCUCGAGGUCCUGCAGAACCUCAUCCUUGACUUUGAGGAGGCCAAGGAUAACCUCAAGGAGCGGUGGGCUAUCUGCGAGGCUCUGGCUUUUUUUCUCAACACGAAUACCGCAAUGGGCGUGGUUAGGUAUGUCCUUCUGGUCACAUCAUUAGGGGAACAAUAUAAUGACACAGGGCUGAUGGGCUGGCAUGGGGUCGACGGGACUACCGUUACCGAAACCUACCUGAUCAUUGGUCGCCUCUUCUUGACCGCCUUGGCCCAGCUGGAGCGCGAGGAUCUACUGAAAGAGGACUCGGAAAUUGAAAACAUUGGCCUGAUCAUGGCACUAUUCAUGGCUUUUUCCCGCACUGCGAAACGAUGCAGUCAACUGCUCUACGAUGAGUACCGGCGGCAGUCGCUCGUACCUGCCAAGGACAAGCGGAAAUGGGAGCCGCGGGAUUUCCAUCAUCAAAUUGCUUCAUACGCAUCCAAGUACGGCAUCAGUUUGGUUGGGCCGCAUGACAUCGACGAUCUCGUUGCCAAAGCCAAGAGUGACGCGGACCUACCCCUACCGGCAUCAAACACGCCCAAGGCGGACGUUUUCGGUUUUGCUAAGAACUUGAAAAGGUACAAGGAGGAGCAGAAUGGCUUGACAGCUUGGAUGGCCCUCACGCACUGCUUCACACCGAUUGGCGGGGACUCCCUCGACAUCACUACCUGGAGCAGUGACAAGCGCAAGGAGAAACACUUUGAGGAGAAGGACCCGCUGACACAGGAGCAUCUUGAGGCUCUUGCGCAAGGGAAGGUUAUAUCUGUUGCCUCGGUGGGCUUAUGA